UUUGUACUCUGUAGUUCAUGAUUCAUUUUUGAUUAUUUAGCAUUUCAAUAUUUUUUUAAUAGUUUCUUGUUGUGAUUGUGAUUGUGAAGAAUUAGCAACAAUAAUCUACAGUUACCGUGUUGUUUAAAAUAAUUUUAUAUUUAAGUAGUAAGACGUUGUGACCCAGAAAUAUGUGGGAUCCAACGCACGUUCAAGUAACUGUACAAAGAGCUCGCAAUUUACUUAUCAAAGGAAAAAACGGUACUAAUAACUGUUUUGUUACUAUUUCACUCGGCAAAGAAAAAUUUCAAACUUCCGUGAAACACAAAGCUACGGAAAAUGUUGAGUGGAUUGAGGAAUGUGAAUUACAUAUACCCUCGCAGGGAAAUACAGCCGAGAUUGUUUUGAAAGUCUUUACUGAAGACUACCUCAAAGACCACUUACUGGGUCAAAUUUCGAUUCCGUUAAAAGACCUAGAUGUGAAUGAACGCGCUAGGAAUCGCUGGUAUCCGCUGCGCGGUAAACCAGGGAAGGAAUCUGAUAAAAAUAGGGGUGAACUGGAAGUGAAAGUAGCAUUUUUAGUAAAAGAAGGCAGUUUGUCAGAUCUUUCAAAAAAAGACAAACAUAAAUCUUCCCUGGGUAGUUUGGCUCACAAUGUGGGAGGCAGUCUUAUGAGUAUUGGAAGUAUUGAAAAACGUAAAAGCCUUCAUAAGUUUGCUACAAAACUUGGAUCUAAAAUGAAUUUAACUAAAAAAGAUAAAAAGAGUGAAUCAUCAUCACUUGGUGGAAGUAUCGGUAACCUUAGAAAGUCCUCCAUUUCUCCUCCAGAUACUUCUACUCCAAAGAAACCAGUAGGUGAAGCUGAUCCAGGUGUAAUAAGUGAAGAUGAAGAUGAAUUUGCUUUUGAUGAUUUAUCUCAUAAAAGCUCAGGUAGUUCACUGAAUGUACAAACAUCAUAUAUGCCCCGUAUAGCGAAAUAUUCGCCAUCUCCUGUAAAUGCUUCCUUAGAAAAUUUAGGAGGAGGUGAGUUUUUGAGAAGAUCAACUAGUAGCAAUUUAGUUGUAACAGAAAAGACAGCACCCUCUAAACCAGUUCGCUUAAGUCUUGAUACAUUUAAUUCUCCCCAGCUUCCAAUACAGCAUAUAGGUGAUGAUGAAUGGUCACAGAAACUAGUGCCCAGAAAGUCAAUGAGUCAAUUAGCUAUAGAUAGAGAAAAGUCUUCCAGUCUUGAAAGAAACAAAAAAUUAGACAGUCCAAGUUCACUUAAAGAAAAACCGAGCCCAAAAUUCUUUAAAAAAUUUGGUAAUAACAACAAGCCUAAAAAAUUACUUGAAGAACGUAUCAUUGUUGGAGAAGAAAAUAUUGUGGAAGAAGAUUCAAUUAAUCCAGCAUAUAACAACAUUCCAAGGACAGUGCUACAACAAUGUGAUGGCAUGUCACGUGAAGACCUAAUUUUAAUGAUUUUUAACCUUCAAAAGGAUGUAGAAUCUGAAAAGAAAAAAAAUAAGGACCUUGAGAACUAUUUGGAUGAUUUACUUCUUCGAGUAAUGGAAACUACACCUAGAAUUUUACAAAAUCCAUAUGUCAGAAAUAAGAGCAUGCAUUUAAGAAAUAAAUAAUACAUUUUCUUCAGAUUAAUCAAGUAGAUACUAGAAGACUUUGAACUACUACACGCUUAAAACAUUCUUUGUAUUAUGCAACAUCUAAAAUUUUCAUGAGAUGUUAAGGUAUGAGUUUCCAGUUUGUGAAAGUACUUCCUAGAUAUAUUAUCAUCUCAUGUUUAUAAUUGCGUCCUAAUCUGUGCCUUACUUAUCAUUCAUUGGGUCUGUGAUAUAUGUACUGGUAAAUUAGUUCAGAUGAGAUUUUCAUCAGAUUGUUGCAUGUACCAUUGUUGUUGGAUU